AUGUCUGAAAUCCAGAAGUACCUCAAAGACGAUUGUCUCCCAGCUCUCCUACUCGCUGGUGAACAGGUAUCCCCGAUACAGCUCUACAAAUACAAGGUCAUCGUCGCAUCAUAUCACCAAGUAACUCGAGAAACAGAAGAGCAGAACAUGAAGGUGGCCCAGAACCCCCUUGCCCAUACCACUCUAUAUACGCUGAAGCUCUCCAAGAAGUGGUUCAUCGAGUUCAUGGAAGAUGAGCACCCUGAAAUUGACGCCCAGGUUGAACUUUUCGCUCCUGAUAGCCAUGACCAGGAUCACGUUCUUCUCAAAGAGCACUAUUGCUAG